GCUUCACUUAUAGAGUAAUAACGCAAAGCAAGAGGUGUUUUUGAGUAUCAAUCGACGCAAAGACUACUCUAUCUCUGUUGAGCAUAGUUAGCUGUGGAAAAUGGCCGGAGCAACAGCCAUGCAAGGUGCCGUCUUUGCUGGUCCAGCACUACGUGUUUCUACUCGAGCCAGAGUGAGCGGCCGUUUCCUUGCGACGCCGUACGUGCCGCGACCUGGAAGAGUUGCUUAUACUCCAGUGAAGUGCAUGGCGGAGGGAUAUCAAAAGGAGCAAGAGGUUGAGAAGAUACAGCCCACGGAACCUGUCGGAGCACCUAAACCAAAACCUACUCCUCCUCCAAAGUUUAGCACGAAGUUCUCAGACGUGUUGGCGUUCGCUGGGCCAGCACCAGAGAGGAUCAAUGGCAGACUAGCCAUGGUUGGUUUUGUAGCUGCCAUUGCGGUGGAGGUUGCCAAGGGCCAGGAUUUCUUUGCGCAGCUAUCCGACGGUGGGAUUCCAUUGUUUGUAGGAACAAGCAUUGUGCUCUCUCUCGCGUCUUUAAUUCCUCUAUUUAAAGGGGUGAGCGUGGAAUCGAAGUCAGACGGGUUCAUGACAUCUAAUGCGGAGCUGUGGAAUGGUAGAUUUGCUAUGUUGGGUCUGGUUGCGUUGGCAUUUACUGAAUAUGUGAAGGGUGGAGCUCUUAUCUAAUUGCUCUUUGUUUUCUGUAUUGUGUUGUAAUACAAAGAAUUUGGCAAUGAUAUUGCAUAAUUUGUGAAAAAAUAUUUAUAAAUAUAUGUUUUGUAACAGAAAGAACGACCCUAAUCUUUGUAUUCAUGUAAUAAUCUACGAAAUCAAGCAAUUUUCAAAUCUCCGACUUCAAAUUA